GAGACUCCGACGGUGCCCUGGUCCUUUGGAAUAGCUUCUGCAAAGCCGCAGCAUCUUCUGAGCCUGGUGCUCUUUACCUUUCGUCGGACGGUUCGCAUUUAGAAAGCGUAUAACAGGUUUUGUUUCGUGUGUCCACUGCAUACCAUUACCAUUAUGCUUGCGAUUACUGCAAUUGUCUAUGGCUUUGUGUCUCUGGCUUGCACUGUGGUAUCGGCCGCGCCGACUUCAAGCCUCGAUGCUGCCACCAUCCAGCGGAAUGUCCAAGAGGCUCAGCGUUUGAAUGAUGAGUUCCGGACCCUCACUCUUCUCGAUGCGUGCACUAGUGGCCAAGUCGCGUGUAUUUCUGGUGCGCUAGCUGAGUGUGCGGUGAACGGUGCAUGGGCCACCGAGGCAUGCCCGCGCUCGCAGCGAUGUUUCGCUCUACCGUCUGUAAGGGAUAAUGGAACGUUCGUGACUUGCACAAGCGUAAAGAACGCCCAGUCAAUACUCAAUUCGACGCUCGCUCAAGACAUCCUAAAUGGUACAGACACUUCCUCGAGGGCGGGGAGCUCCAACGCCGGGACCGUCGUAAUACGAACGAUCACAUUGAUUCCAGGUUCACCCACCACGCUGGCUCGCGAAACGCAAACCAUCGCUCCAAGUGACGCCGCGGCGCUGUUAUCGAGCUUAACUGCGGGAGGGAGCGCUGUGACGACUAUCAUUCACGAACACACGUCGUCGGCACCGUCGUCGGGGACGAGACUCGCUGGGGACGACAGUGGCGCUUCCAGUAGCGGAAUCACCAUCACUCUCACGCCUCGACCUAACGCAACCGCCUUGUAGUGCUGGUCUCUCGGGCCCGCCCCAAUUUUAUGCCACCUUCUCUCAGUCGGUAAUUAUGAUGUACAAACGUCGGAUUGUAGCACUAGUAAUUACCACUCUGUAUCUUUAAUUCCUUCGGGUUAUACUAGGUACAUUUACGAGCUGCGUG